GAGUUGCCUGAGCUGUGUCUUCUUGAAAACUAUGCAAUACAAUUUUCUGUGCUUUUAGUUUAAAUUUACUAAUGCUGUUUAUUUAGAGCAGCGACUAUUCAAUAUGCUUCCCGAUGAUGGAAAAUAAACGUUUGUUUUCGUGCACAGUAUUUUUCACCACAUUCGGAUUUUGUUCGAACUUCAUCUCAUUUGUAUCACCUUACUGGAUUCAGUCAAUUCCGGAAGCUAACAGCCAGUUCCAAAGAAUAGGUCUUUGGACUGUUUGUUUUGAUGGAUAUAUGCGGCCGGCGUUGUAUGACAAGGCAUAUUUCGGAUGUUACUACAUUUAUUAUGUGAUAUAUGACCGUAUAAGAGAUUGGUUAAAUCCAAUAUGGUUAUAUACAAUACAAGUUACCUCAUCCUGUGGAGUUUUGGUACAUUUUUUGGUAACGUUUAUCGUUCUGUGUCAAGUAACCGGUGCAGUUUCUAAAUCUGACCUCAAAAGUCUAAAAUUUAUCGCAUCAGGACAUUUCUUCACAAGUGGACAUCCCAAGGUUAUUUUGGCGUUGCUCGAAUAUCGUCCAUAAAUUAUAGUCUUACCAGUGCUUAAAUAUAUUCCACAUUAUGUUAAAGAAGAAAUAAGAAAAAAUGAAGACUUGUCAAGAACUGCAUUAUUCCUGUUUGAGUUAUCGAGUAUUCACCAUCACACAACUUGUAACCCUUUAAUGGUAGCGCACGAGUACCGUUGUACUUUGGUUAGUUCAAACAAGAUUAGAACAGUCUUUCUGGAAUAUCUGUGCAAUUGGAAAGGUUUAACACUAGCUGCUGCAUUAGUAGCUUUUGCUGUAGCUAGAUAUGAUAGUCGUUGGAUGCCUUAUCCUGAAUUGAAUACAUUAUCAUGGGCUUAUGCUGUUGGAGUUUUAAGUUUUAUUUGUACAUUUAUUAGUUUUACAAUAAGUUUUAUUACUUAUAUUAAUUAAAUGAUUUAAUUCAUCAACAGAAUACAAAUGAACAUUUACUGAAUGAUGAAGAGAAAAUGGGUAUUAGUUCACCACCACCUCCAGUACCACAUCAAUCUACAUUCAAUGAACCAAAUGUUUAUACAGAACCACGUUAUAUGCCUGAUUUACCACAAUCAGCAUUAAGUUAUGUUGAUAGUUCAAAUAAAAAUUGGAAUAUAAAAGAUUCUGAAAUUACUUAUAAUUUGAAUAAACGAAACAAGGAUGAUGAUGAUGAUGAUUUUGAUAAUCCAACUAAUUCACGUUUUAAUACUCUAUCUUAUCCAAAAAUAUAAUUAAAAAGAAUGUUCAAUUCAUAAUUCAUUUAUUUCAUUGGUUACUAAUCUAAUAAGAACUUUGAUUGAUUUAUAUCCAAAUCUUGAAUAAGUUUAUUUAAGUUGACCCAUUUAUCAUAAAAAGCUGAAUGUAUCAAAGUACAUUUUAUAAUAAUAAUAACUCAAAUAGAUAAAUGAAUAUUUGAGUUUAUACUCAUUUUAAAUUAUUUCAAUUUUUUUUUAUUUUUAAAGAAAG